AAAUAGUUGGAGGUUGUAGGUCACUCAAACUCUAUCCAAGGACGCGCGGACCACUUGAUUCUGCGUGAUGUCUCACGAUGAUCUUUAACUUCUACCGGAAUAUGCCAUUAUAUUGGAAUAUGAGUACGUACGCCAGUUGCAGCAAAAAUAAAAGUGCUUCCUUGUUAUUAGCGGCAAUUUAGACUAGCAGCAUACAACAUAUUUCAAUGGGUUAUAAGAAAAAACGAAGUCGUGAUGAAUCACAAAAUAAUGCUUCACUGAAUGUAACUAUGGCUUCUGUAGCAAUUUUGUUUCUGAUUGUCAGUCCCUUGAGUGUACCGGCUGAGCGUUUUUAUAGAGGAUCAUCGUCAGCUAUCAUAACGGAUUUGUGUCCAUCAACAGAGGAAGAACAUUUGGCGCUAAAUAUUAGCAUCUCUCCUGUGGUGCCGUACAUAUCGUGUGUGUAUAAUUUCGUGACGCAUAUGUAUGAAGUGACAAACUUCACUGGAAAUAACUUCAGUCUAACUUCGGCAGAUGGUGUAGAGCGUCAGUAUGAACAAAUCUUACAUAGACAUUGUUUUGCAAAUAAUUCAGUAAUAAGUUACCGUGAUUUAAGGAAAGUGCCUGACCUGUCUGUUUGGAGCGACAGAUCUGUGCUUAUUUUGGCAGUGCAUCGCCUUAGUUUCACUUCAGAACCCACUUGCCCUGAAAUAUAUGUAUGUGCAAUUUCCAGUGAAAAGUGCAGCAGCAGUUCUCAAUGUUCCACUGGCUUAGGUGAAGUGAGCGGAAGUUGUAUUGAUGAAGUUAACGAAACUCAUUUCUUCUUGUUUCCACUUGCCAGCGCUUUAAAAAUUUCAGUCAGUAAUGUUGGCAAGUAUACAAACCCUUCGAGCAACAAUGUACAUAUGGUUGUUACUACUGGCUAUCGUUUACCACCUGGUGUAUUUACUUGUCCAUCUGGAUUUUUCGCUUGUCAAUCGUUCAAUAAAGUGAUUGAACCUCGAGAUUCUCCAUUAAAUUGGACUUAUCGUAUAUGCUUACCCUUAGAAUUAUGGUGUGAUGGAGUAGAAAAUUGUCCAAUUACAGGAUCAGAUGAACGAAAAUGUUCAAUUUCAUCGCCACCUAUGAAAUAUUCACAUACAAAUGCACAAAUUCUAGAUGAAUAUAAAAUGCUUGGCAGUAUUUUAGAACAAUAUUCAAAGAAUACAAGUUUAUUAAAACUAGUUGGAUAUAAAAAAAUAUCUGAAAAACAAGUUGUAUCUUUUGCAUUAGUUAACAUACUUUCAUUUUCAUUGGGACUGCUUGCAAUGAUCUCAGUGAUAGCUGUUCUAAUUUUUAAGUGUAUAUCAUUAAAAAAGAGAAGACGAAGUAGUACAAUUAAAGUUAUUGAUGAAAAAAGUUAUCAUGAAGUUUCAAACAAUACCAAUAGCAGCAUAAUUAACAAUAAAAUUAAUGGUACUCAUCUAAAAAUUGAUUGUUUUACAGACCAAUCAUCCAAUCAGAAUAAUAUCAAUGAGAAUAACAAUAAUCAUGAGAUAAAUAGAGGAGUAAAUGAUACUUAUAGUGAUUAUUAUCAAUUUCUGCCGAGUAGUACAUAUGAAAAAAUCAUUGUCUGGAUGAUGUAGCCAAAGAAGAAAUUAUUAAACUUAUCAAUGGGGAACCUCAAGAGCAACAACUAACAUUAUCACAUUGAAAGUAUGAUCAUAUAGCAAUGAAGAAAGCGGUUAUUGUACAUUGGCGUGUGUUUAUAUUUUUCAUUCGUCUGUACAUGAAGUUUAUCUUUGUGUUGUACUAAUUGACAAAGUUGUUAUACUCGAAUCCUAUUUCUCAGUGAAUCUCGAUUUUUUUGACUUAUCCUUCAACAUAAUGCCUGGUUCAGUCUGAUCACAUGAGUCUUAUUUCAAUAGGAUGUCUGUAAAACUCACGUAUUUAUCAAGUUCCAUAAAGUAUUCCGGUGAUGACCAGUCAAUAUUUUGUGUCUUUUUUCAUACUUUUAUCAAUUAUGAAACAAUCAUGUUCCUUUUUCUCUUCUCGCUUAUAUUGUCCAUUUUUCCCAAUUAUUAUUUAGUUAUUUAGAGAAAUUUUGAAAUAGUAUUCUUAUCCAUUAUUUUAUAAACGAUUCAGCUUGUCGCCUGAAUUACAUUCUUUGUAGUACUAUUAUCACUUGAUUUACCAACUAUCAUUUUAAAUUUCAUUUAAAAAGUUGAUGAAAUAUGUUCUUAUAUUGUUUAACUUACAGCAUUAUUUUUCAUCGUUGAUUCAUAUUUUCUAUGCAUUAAUUAUAUUAACUACGAUUCGUUACAUCCUGUCUGUAAUUUACAAAUAGAGGUACAUUGCUCGAUGUA